CCGGAAAUGACUCUGUUCCUGAUCCUGUGUACAAGAGUGAAUGAACGAACCGUAUAUAAAAGUGGUCCGAACAAAUGAUUUUGUUGUUUGAACGCCGAUCUCAGAAGAUCAAGAAACCACAAUUUGAAAGGAUGGACAAACUGGUAUGGUGACCAAUUGUAUUCUAUAUUGAAUGAACCAACCACAGAACAAGUGACAAAACGUUCGAGCUAAUUGUUGUACUUUGUUAUGAUAUGCAGCCUGCUUGUAAGUUGUAUGGUUUACAAAAUUUUAGCAUUAUUAUAACAUGUAUUUUUCAUGGAGAUCUAUUUCUACCUCCCGGUAUAAUUAUAAGCAAUACACAUUGUGAGGGAGUUGUUAAGACUUUGACGAGAAGCUGAAUAGAUGUAGAUGUACAUUGUAGACAUCUCUAGUCUCUACAACAUCGAGUCCGACUGAAACAAAAUCAACAUCAAAAUGUCUGCAGAUGAGUUCAUGGAAGAAGAACAUCUUCCCGCUUUUGGAUCUCAAGACGAUGCUUUGCUUCUCCAAGCUUACGAAGCUUAUGAGUCAAGAAGGAUCAAAGAAGAGAGUGAUUCGUCGCAGGAUGACAAGGUCGCGGAUGGUAAUACCUUUUGUUGGGAAUCGGAUAGCCAAGAGAUGGCUUUGCAUUUAGCCUGCGAGGAAUUUGAAAGACAAAUAGCAUCGGCAGUUGCAAAAACUUGCUCCUCAAGUUUGACUAACUCGACUAAUAUAAACAAUCGGAGUCAGACAUCUAAACCUGAGAUAGAGGCAUCAAUUGAGUGCCUUCCAGAGGUCCCAGGAGGAGAAACCGCAAGACCUAGCUCUAAAUCCACGUUUAAAUGGCGAAUACAGCCAGGCCCCGGUGGUGGUCAUCUGACUGUGACUGAUCUAGUUUCUCAGCUCUGGUGCGAACAGCAGACGGAGUAUGGCAGGGGGGUGCCCAAAGUGAUUAUGAAUGUUUUGAAGGACACACCGGCUAUGGCAGCGGGUGAUAAGAUACACAAAGAGAGAGAGUAUGAAGUAAACAAGUACGUCGAGGUAAAGGUCUCUUCAGCUGAAGACCGUUACGCAAUUGGUCUCCUCAAUAUCAUCAGUCACCUUAAGAAUCUACUUCUGUGCAGAAAAGGCUGCAUCCGAGAAAUAUCAGUCUUUGGGAUGCCCUUUGGCCAAGAAUUGAUGGUCGUUGGCACCGUCGACGAACUUCGUUUCAACAGUAUGGACCAGCUGGAGUUGGUGGAGUUUAAAACGCGGGGCAACACCUCGUCGCCCAUCGGGAGGGCCCAGAUGAAGGGAUACAAGAUGCAGACGAUGUUGUACAAACAGCUUCUGGAUGAGUUGGUGGAUGGGCGGGUCAAUGGAGAAGUAGUCCUCCUCCAGAUGUGCCUCAACCCGGAUCGCAUCCUGCAGGACGAGCUGGCAGACUUGAUACAAGACAGAACAGAAGACGGUAUCACUCUCGGCCAGCUCAUGACCAAGACCUUGAGUCUGUUUCGGUUGUUACCGUACGUCCAGGUUCUCACGGUAGAAAUAAGUUCCCAGAGCAGUGGAACGAUCGUUGCCAAGGAGACUGUGGAGUUUGAUUUUGAUUGGCUGUCGGGGAACGUGCGUCACUGCUUGGCCUACUGGAAGGGAGAGAGGGGGGCGGAGGGAGUCGACAUUGAGGAUGCGUGGAAGUGCAGAAGUUGUGUUUUCUAUGAAGAAUGUGAUUGGAGGGAAAAGAAGAACCAAAUUUAUGCACAAAAAAACUGUCUGCACAAAACUAAUGGAAAAUAAGGAAGCAAUACAUUUUUUUAUACAUGGAAAUUUGCA